AUGUCAUCAACAUCAUCAUCCCAAACUCUAUCAUCAACAUCAGUUCAACAUUCGAAUGAACUUAUUGAUUUAACAUCAUGUUCAACAAAUCCAACAAGUUUUGCACCUUUACAUCGUACAGUUGAAUUAGAAAAUCUUCAUGAUUUUAUUAAAAAUGAUGAAAAACAAAUAACAAUUACAACAAAAAAAACUUUAACAAAAUGUAUGACUGUCAUUGGUGAUGGAAGUGACAAACAGAUUUAA